AUGGCCUCCAAUUUCAACGACAUCGUGAAGCAGGGCUACGUGCGCAUCCGGAGCAGGCGGCUGGGGAUUUACCAGAGAUGCUGGUUAGUGUUCAAAAAAGCUUCAAGCAAAGGGCCAAAGAGGCUGGAGAAGUUCUCGGAUGAACGUGCUGCUUACUUUAGAUGCUAUCACAAGGUCACAGAGCUCAAUAAUGUGAAGAAUAUAUUGCGACUGCCAAAAAGCACGAAGAAGCAUGCUGUUGGGAUUUAUUUCAGUGAUGACACAUCUAAAACCUUUGCUUGCGAGUCAGAACUUGAGGCAGAUGAGUGGUGCAAGGUGUUGCAGAUGGAGUGUCUUGGAACACGAAUUAAUGACAUUAGCCUUGGAGAGCCUGACUUGUUGGCAUCUGGAGUGGAGAGGGAACAGAGUGAGAGAUUCAAUGUGUAUUUGAUGCCAUCCCCUAAUUUAGAUGUGCAUGGGGAAUGUACCUUGCAGAUAACAUUUGAGAAUAUCUGUCUUUGGGACAUCCAGAAUCCCAGAAUAAAACUAAUCUCUUGGCCAUUAAGUGCCCUCCGACGCUAUGGACGGGACCCCUCUUGGUUCACGUUUGAAGCAGGGAGGAUGUGUGACACAGGAGAAGGACUAUUCAUCUUUCAGACAAGAGAGGGGGAAGCAAUCUAUCAGAAGGUGCACUCAGCCGCUUUGGCCAUAGCGGAGCAACAUGAGCGCUUGCUGCAGAGCGUGAAAAAUUCAAUGCUCCAGAUGAAAAUGAGCGAGCGAGCUGUGUCCCUCAGCACCAUGGUGCCCUUGCCCCGCAGUGCCUAUUGGCAGCACAUCACACGGCAGCACAGCACCGGCCAGCUCUAUGGCCUGCAAGAUGUUUCUCGCCUGAUGACGCUUCAUCGAACGGACACUUUUCCCACCUACAGAUCAGAGCAUCGAUAGAGGACUAAAACUUUACAGACUGUCUUCUGCCAAACUACCCCAGUGGAUGGCUGUGGUGAUAAACAAGGAUGGAAACCCUGGAAGAAUUUAAGU